CGUAAGAAAGAACAGUGUAUUCUGGCGCCGCUGCUACUGCAGAAAUAAUCACAAAGGAAAGCCUCAUGCUUCUGGCUCGUUCGUCCCAAGAAAGUGCAUUUUUCAUGCCAAAACAGAUUCUACCAGCCGGAUAACAUGCAUAAGACCAAAAGGAUCAAAAUCACGGAUCUAAACCCCAACCUGAUCUGUCCCCUCUGCGUGGGAUAUUUCAUUGAUGCGACUACUAUUGUAGAAUGCCUGCACUCAUACUGCAAGAGCUGUAUAGUUUCCUUCCUUGAGAGGAACAACGUCUGUCCACAAUGCGAAAGCCAAGGACAAAAGAUGCCCACGCAGCUCAGCAUAAGGUCAGACCAGGCCCUUCAGGAUGUAGUCUACAAGCUUGUCCCUGGACUAUUUAAAGAUGAGAUGAAAAGGAGACGAGAUUUCUAUGCCGGCCGCCCAGCUGCAGACGACAAUCGGAGUCGGGAGCGUGGUGGAGUGAGGGAAGAGGAGAGGAUCAUCAUUGCAGAGGAUGAGAUCAUCAGUCUCUCCAUACAGUUCCAUGGGAAAAACAGAUGUCCUCCUCUUAGCAGUGACCUCAAGCCAUCAGAGACAAAAGAUACUUCAGAUGGUGAAACGACCAACAGCAAGCGUUUUCUGCGCUGUCCCGCCGCCAUGACGGUCAGCCACUUGGUCAAGUUCCUGAGGAGUAAGAUGGACAUUCCUAGCAACUAUCGGAUCGAGGUCCUGUAUGAAGACAAGCUCCUGAAAGACUAUUACACUCUGAUGGACAUCGCCUACCUCUACACCUGGAGACAAAAUGGUCCGCUCCCCCUUCAGUACCGCGUGCAGCCUGCCUGGAAGCGUCUGCGUCCCGGCAGUGCCUCCUGCGUCACGUCCCCCCUCCCCCACUCGGACGGCGUCUCCGAGAGCGACUCCCACAGCGACAAGCCCCUCAGCCCGCCCGCAACGCCGCCCCCAGGCCAGCAGUCCGGCCCAGGCUCGGCCCCAGGCCAGCCCAACUCUAACUCCAACUCCAACACCAACCCUGCCCACAGUGGUGCCACUGCGGUGCGACCUCCUGUCCCCACGGCUGGCAUCAACACCUCCAUGAACAACAACACCAGCAGCAGCAGCAACAACAACCAGAAGAACGGCAACCAUGGACCACCUGGAGAAAUAUAAGCUGCAGUCUUGAAUUAGCUGGAGAAAUUUAAGAUGCAGGUUUGGACCGACUGCAGAAACAGAGAUUCUUUAAGUAUAUAUCUACUCUCUCUGGUAGAAAGCUGCAGCUGCAGUCUUGCCCAAGCCUACUACAGUGGCAGCAGCCAGAACUGCAACCAUGGACCACCAGGACAAAUGAAAGCUGCAGCAGUCUCGGACCAGCUGGAGAAUUGUUAGGCUGCAGCUGUUCGGGAUCUAAUGCUCCUCAAAUUCACCCAAGCCUACCGUGGCAAGAGCCGAAUCUGCAGCUCGGGACCACCUGGAGAAAUGUAGGCUGCAGCUACCUUGUAUCUAGACUCCCCCAACCAACACCUCCCCUCAUUCAUCUGCACUCCAGUGUACAGUAACAGUGGCUGGGUUUUGUGACCCCAGCAAAGAUCAGAAGAUGAAUACCUUCUGAUUUCCUCAGUAGAAUUACAAUGGAAGAAGUCACUUGAUGAGUCAAAACGUUUCCAAGCUGUCCUGUUGCCUACAACUAAACCAGUGAUUGUCUAUUAGAAUAAGAUACGUCAAGCCCCUUUGCUUCCUGGAUCCAUGUGACAUCAGCUGGACGCCCCUUUAGGAGACCUUCCGUUAGGAGACCAUUGGAGUCUUACGGUUGAGAAUAAAUGGAUUUCCCUCAGCGCUGUAGAUGGUGGUAGGGCAUCUCUUAUGCAAGCCGUCACCAAAUGCCACAGAAAGAGAAGAAGGGGACAAUACCCCCUUAAGAAGAGACCAAACUUGAGCACACUCCUUGCAUUGGGUAGGAAGAGUUUGGGGUAUCCUACUCUAAUGCGGUACCUAAGUCUCUGCCCCAUCCGGACAGCUCAUGGGGCUGUGAAAGUCAAAAAUUUCGAUGGGCUAUAAUGGACUGAUCAAACCUUUUUUCCGUUCCACUUCACAUUCCCCCCUAGAUCACACAUACAGACGAUCAUUGACUAAACUCUUUUCACAAAGAGGGCAUGGAUGAAUGAGACUCUUCACACACUCUACUCAAGCAAGAGCGGUAGAAAAUCAGACUGAGAUACUUCCAUCAUGGAAGGUCACGUCUGUAGGAGCUAAGUGGCAGAAUCAGUUUUGGACUUUUCUUGUUUAAGCGACACAGCACCAUUAUUUGUGAAAAUUCGCUCAUUUUACACCUCCCUUUGAGUUGAAUUAUUAAGUUUUACCUUUCUCUAUUCCUCUCAGCCGUUCUCUGAGUCUGGCGAUAUUGUUCCAGGUUUCUAGCUGGUCCCAUCCAAUUCAUUGGUGCAUGCUUGCUUGGAGGUACAAGAUGUCUCACCAGACUCCGAGAACAGCUGGAAGAGCAGGGGAAAAGUACACCCCAGUUAUUUAAUUGGAGGGAAACUAGCUUCUUCCCCCCAGAAAUGGCGGAAUGCCGUUUUAACAUAUGACCAGGGCUCUAAAUUAACACCAGCCAACUGGCCAAAUGAGUUCAAAUUCAGUUUGGCUGGCAGAAAAGGAAACUUACUAGUCACUAGUAGUAGAAAGUAUAUGUUUGGCUAGUAAUGCUUAACAUCUCCUAGCCAAAUUGGCAAGUGUUGUAAUACAUUCAUUUUAUAGCCCUGCAUAUGACGGAUGUGUUCUAUGCCAUCUGGCCUUCUGAUUGGUCCUCUCACUGCAUGAAGGGGCAUUUGUGCCCUGCCCACAUCAUGUGAUCAUGGAUACAGGAAGUAACUGGACUUAAUUCAUGGAGUGCGUCUUAAUAUGCGACCUUGCCUCCUCCACUUGCGCUUGUCUCCUCGUCCCGCCUCCUGGCCCCUCCUCCGUGGAGAAAACGAUAAAGUUUCCCAGCUGUCAGCCUAGCCACAACAACUUUUGAGGGACUGUUUUUCAUUCACCAUCCCAAUUUGCAAAUGAGAAAAAGACUCUACAAUUGAGCUUUUGCAAGAUAUUGAAAUAUAAUGCUGUUGUCAGUGAUGUCAUCAUGACGAGAAGCGAGUGGAGGAGGCAAGUGGAGGAGGCAAGGUCGCAUAUUAAGAUGCACUCAUGGCGUGCUCUCUCAAUGCCCAGUGUUCUAGCCUUGCUAGGAUGUGAAACGCCCAGUGAUUGGAUACUCUUUGGUGAACUCCGCAAGAGUAUCCCAUCACUGGGCGUUUCACGUCCUAGCAAGGCUAGAACACUUGACAUGGAAAUGGCCCAUUAAUCUUGGGAUCUUUCCAAAAUCCUAACUCCUGUCCUCCCUCGACCUGUACUUGUGGCCUCGCACACCCUGCCUCCGUGGAGAAAAAAAAAAGCUUCCCUGCUGUCAGACUAGCCGCAACAACUUUUGGGGGACCAUUCCCCAUUUUUAACAUGCCGAUUGCUAAUGAGAAAAUGACCUUUGUGAAUUGUGCUUUUGCAAGAUAUUGAAUUAAAAUUCUGAGCAAUGACGUCAUCAGGAGGCCACAAGCAAAAGGGAGGAUGGGAGUUAGGAUAUUAGAAAGAAUUCCUUAUCUACCAUAUUAAUUUGACACGUGACACUCCUUUGGAGUUUUCUCUUCUGUACGUUUUUUCCCCCUUUUUAUUCAUUCAUUCAUUGGCAUGACGACAUUUGCGUCAUCACAGGUGAAUUAAAAGGGAAAAAAAACUCCAACAAGGAAAAAAAAAUCCAAAACGUGUGCGAACCUUUUUUUAAGUCACUUUUUUGUUCAGCAUCAGGGAUUGUUCCCAAGCUAAGACACAUGACUGAAAUUGUAACAUGGCCUUCAAGACUGAAACUACUCUGCUUUGUUGAACAGCAGUAGAGUAAUAGACCAGCCAUAUCCAUUUUUGUACACAAUAUGUAUAUAAAAUGUACAUAAAUCUUGUAUGAUACAACAAUGUAUGUUUCGGAUUGGUAUGUGAGUGAAAAGGACUGAAAAAUAACGAUAACUUGUGAAUUUUGGGACUUAACAGUUCCCUGUGUCUAGUAGCACACAGUUUAGGGAAAAUUAUUCAGAAAUGUGAAAUCGCGCCUUCAACACCACACAGCAGACGUUACAGACUUUUCCAGUAUGAUGUGUUUAUUGUUAUUUUAUUUGAAGCAUUGACAAGAUGAAUUCUUAUUUAUCCUAUUACCGUACUCCAAUGUGACAAGAGGGGACACAUUCGCCUUUUGUUGUUGUCGUUUGUGGGGUUUUUUUUUCUUCUUAACUUCAUGAAUGCACUACAGUUAGAAUGUAAUCGCACAUACAAGGCAGCUGACAUUGUGAAACGGUAUGGAGGACUGCAUUUACACAGUGCAUUUUUUUUGGGAAUCAAUCAACAACGCUAAGGCCUUUUUUCUUUACAGUUGCAUCGUUCAAGAAACAAGUUCCUCAGUGCAGUAUUUGACAACCUGGUUGAAAGCUACACAUCACAAUCAUCCACAGACUUAAAAAUAAAAUGGCCAAGGGUGCUUGGCAAAAUGAAGCAUUUAUGUUUAUUCUCCCCCUCAACAUAAAUGAGGGGAAACAGGAACUGUAAUACUGUACAAUGCUAUCAAUUGUAUCUACCAAACAAAAACAUAUUCUGUAUUUAUUUUAUAGCACUGCAUGUUACAAUGUAUGUUCCAUAAGGCAGUAAAAAAAACCUGAGUUUUGA